AUGAAGCUUUUCUCUGUCCUCGCCCUCGCUCUCGCCGCGGCCGCCCGCCCAGGCCUCUAUGUCCCCCGCCAGGAUUUCAAGCUCCAGAAUGGCAAGGACGCCCUCGCCCAGAACGCCAAGUUCGCGACGCUGAGCGCCGACUCUGCCUGCACCGUGGGCGAGAACGCCUGCGUCAACAACCAGUUUGCCCAGUGUGUCUCGGCCAAGUUCGUCCUCCAGUCCUGCGGCGAUGGCUUGAUUUGCGCCGCUCUCCCCCUCGUUAACUCCGCGGGAACGAGCAUUACUUGCACCACCACCGCCGACCGUGAUGCCCGCAUCACGGACACAGGUGCUACCACCGGGGACGCGUCGAGCUCUAGCAGCGCCGCUUCGUCCGCGACAACCUCUGCCAGCUCCGCUUCGUCCACCAGCACCUCCAACUCCAACUCCAACUCCACCGACGACGCCCAAUCCUCCUUCACCCUCCUCCAGUCCGUGAUCGCGACCUCGUUCGCCAAUGACGGCACCGCGACCGCCGAGCCCGGCCAGGUCGCCUCGCUCACCUCGACGAACAACUUCAUCAACUUCUGCGCCACCGUGCCCUCCAAGCCGCUCACGAACGGCAAGCAGAUCGCCGCCGGCUCCUGCAACCCCGCGCCGAUGGGCGUCGUCGCCGGGACCGCGAACAUGCCCUCCGCCAAGUUCGUCUUCCCCCCGAACGGCGGCGCGCUCCCCGCGCACCAGAACUUCACCCUCCGGCUCGCCGUCCGCCACCUGAACACCGGCUUCUUCACCAACCCGGACGCGAGCUACUUCGCGGGCCCGCAGACGGUCGACGCCGCGGGGGACGUCACCGGCCACGCGCACGUCGUCAUCGAGGCGCUCGACGCGCUCGACCAGACCGCGCCGACGGACCCGCGCCAGUUCAAGUUCUUCAAGGGCAUGAACGAGCGGGCGGUCGGCGGCGAGCUCACCGCCGUCGUCGCGGGCGGGCUCCCGCCGGGCGCGUACCGGAUGGCGUCGAUCAACUCCGCGGCGAACCACCAGCCGGUGCUCGUCGCGAUCGCGCAGCGCGGGACGCUGGAUGAUAUGGUCUAG